GCUCUCUACCAUUUUCCUCCGCCUCUGGUUGUCAAGAAGAUGGCAGCUUCCAGGCAGGCAUGAGAGGAAAUACUUCUUCACAAAUCGAAUGAAUUUGGAUUAUUGCCGCAAGAUUAGACCACAAACCCGUGUUUUUGCUACUACUGCAUCGAUAUAAAAAUCAUGUCUGCCCCUGGCUCCACGGCGUCGGUUCUGCAGCCGCGGUGGAAGCGGGUCCUCGGAUGGUCCGGUCCCGUUCCCCGGCCCAGGCAUGGACACAGAGCUGUGGCCAUAAAGGAGCUUAUGGUUGUCUUCGGUGGUGGAAACGAAGGAAUAGUGGAUGAAUUGCAUGUUUACAACACUGCAACAAACCAGUGGUUUAUCCCAGCGGUCCGUGGUGAUAUUCCCCCUGGCUGUGCUGCAUAUGGUUUUGUAUGUGAUGGCACACGAUUGCUGGUGUUUGGUGGAAUGGUGGAGUAUGGAAAGUACAGCAACGAUCUCUAUGAACUUCAGGCCAGCAGAUGGGAAUGGAAAAAGUUGAAAGCGAAAAACCCGAAGAAUGGCCCCCCUCCUUGUCCUCGUCUGGGCCACAGUUUUUCCCUGGUUGGCAAUAAAUGCUACCUGUUUGGUGGACUUGCCAAUGACAGCGAGGACCCAAAAAACAACAUUCCCAGAUACCUAAAUGAUCUGUACACACUUGAGCUGCGUGCGGGAUCCAGUGUGGUUGGAUGGGAUAUUCCGAUCACAUACGGAGUCCUUCCUCCUCCGCGUGAGAGCCACACUGCUGUGGUCUACACAGAAAAGACGAGCAGGAAAUCUCGCCUGAUAAUCUACGGAGGCAUGAGUGGUUGUCGCCUUGGAGAUCUGUGGACACUUGAUAUCGAUACCCUGACAUGGAACAAACCAUCAGUAAACGGGACAGCACCGCUACCCAGAAGUCUUCACUCUGCCACCACCAUCACAAACAAGAUGUAUGUUUUUGGAGGAUGGGUUCCAUUGGUAAUGGAUGACGUUAAAGUGGCCACACACGAGAAGGAGUGGAAGUGCACAAACACUCUCGCCUGCCUAAAUCUAGACUCCAAUUGUUGGGAGACCGUGUUGAUGGAUACUCUUGAAGACAACAUCCCUAGGGCCCGUGCCGGCCACUGUGCCGUGGCCAUCAAUUCCCGACUCUACGUCUGGAGUGGCCGCGACGGUUAUCGCAAAGCUUGGAACAACCAAGUCUGUUGUAAAGACCUCUGGUACUUGGAAACAGAGCGGCCACAUGCUCCUGCCAGGGUGCAGCUAGUCCGUGCCAACACAAACUCUCUCGAGGUCAGCUGGGGCGCCGUCUCAACCGCUGACACCUACUUACUGCAGCUGCAGAAGUACGACAUCCCAGCAACUCCAGCUACAGCCUCUGCAACUAUGAUUGCCAGCCCCGUGCAGCCUCUGAACUCUCCGAAGGGCCCCGCACUGGCUGUUGCAGCUCCUUCUGCUCAGAAUCUCCCCCAGACAGCAGUCUUGAAGGUUGCGGCUCAACAGUCUGGCACUGGCACAUCUAUUGUCACAGUCCGCCCCAGCCAGCCCGGGAAAUCCCCCGUCACUCUGACAUCCCUCCCGCCGGGUGUAAGGAUGGUCAUGCCUGCCCAGACCACCCAAGGAUCGCCAAUUGGAAGUAGCCCUCAGAUGAGUGGCAUGGCAGCUUUAGCUGCUGCAGCUGCAGCAACACAGAAGAUCCCGCCCUCUGGUGGCACUGUCCUCAAUGUUCCUGCCGGGGCCACCAUUCUCAAAACUGUAGCCAUGUCCCCUGGCACAACCACAAUGAAAAUGGCUUCUCCACUCAUGGUCAGUAACCCAGCCACCCGGAUGCUGAAGACCGCUGCAGCCCAGGUGGGAACAGCUACUGGUUCCUCUGCCACCAACACCAGACCCAUCAUCACUGUGCAUAAGUCUGGAGCAGUCACUGUGGCCCAGCAGGCCCAGGUGGUUACCACAGUGGUGGGAGGAGUUACCAAGACCAUCACCCUGGUCAAAAGUCCCCUCACCAUGGGCGGCAGUGGCACUCUGAUCUCCAACCUUGGCAAGAUGAUGUCUGUGGUACAAACCAAGCCAGUGCAGACAUCUAUCACAGGCCAGGUCUCCAAUAACCCUCUCACACAGCUCCUACAGUCAAAGGGUCCCCUCCCAGCCGGCACCAUCCUUAAGCUGGUGACCUCCGCAGAUGGUAAGCCCACAACAAUCAUCACGACCUCCCAGGCAGGAGGCACUGGACACAAGCCCACGAUCCUCAACAUCAGCGGGGUCUCUCCUAACACCAAUAAGCAGGGCACCACCAUCAUUAAGACCAUCCCCAUGUCUGCAAUCAUGAGCCAGUCUGGAGCUGCAGGUCUAAACUCACGUGUGACAAGCAGUGGAGGCAUGAAGACGCCAAUCACGAUCCUCACCACCAAAGUGAUGACUACAGGAACUCCCAGUAAAUUCAUCACUGCAGUGCCCAAACUCGCCACUGCCGGACAACAGGGACUCACACAGGUCGUCCUGAAGGGUGCUCAUGGACAACCUGGCACUAUCCUGCGCACUGUGCCUAUGAGCACAGUUGGUGGUGUUCGACUUGUGACACCAGUGACCAUGUCUUCUGUUAAGCCCAAUGUGACCACUCUGGUUGUCAAUAGGACGACAGGUGUCACCACUUUUGGGACAGUCACCGGUACCGUCUCCUCCAGCCUGGCAGGAGCCGCUGCAGACAGCUCCAACGCCUCUCUGGUUACCCCCAUCACCACACUGGGAACCAUCGCCACCCUGUCCAGCCAGGUCAUCAGCCCGGCGUCCAUAACUGUGUCAGCCGCUCAGACCAGCAUGACCUCUGCCACCACCCUCUCUUCCUCCACCAUGACGGUGCAGAACCAGCCCACCCAGGUGACUCUGAUCACAACUCCCAGCGGUGUUGAAGCUCAGCCAGUGCAGGACCUACCAGUGUCCAUCCUGGCUUCACCCACCUCCGAGCAGCCCAGCUCCUCUGAAGCCGGAGCGUCUGGCGAUGGCUCUGGCACCGUGUGCUCCAACCCGCCCUGCGAGACCCAUGAGACCGGCACCACCAACACGGCCACCACCGCCUCCGCUGCGAUGGGAGCAGGACAAGUGUGCUCCAACCCGCCCUGCGAGACGCACGAAACGGGCACAACAAACACAGCCACAACGGCUUCAUCAAACAUGUCGACGCCACGCAUGUGCUCUAACCCGCCGUGCGAGACCCACGAAACCGGGACGACCAACACGGCCACCACAGCGUCCAGCAGCAUGGGGGGAGUCCAGAAGGUUUGCUCCAACCCGCCCUGCGAGACCCACGUGACGGGUACCACCAACACAUCCACCCAGUCGUCCUCCAACAUGAGUACGGGCCAGACGAGCACCAGCGCGCAGAGGGUGUGCUCCAACCCGCCUUGCGAAACACACGAGACCGGGACCACCAACACCCCGUCCACAACCACCUCCAGCAUGGGGGGAGACCAGAGCAGCGCAGCAGGAGGCCCGGUCCAGAGAGUGUGCUCCAACCCGCCCUGCGAAACACACGAGACCGGCACCACCAACACAGCCACCACAGCCACCUGCACCAUGGAGACAGGCGAAGGCCAGCAGACGGAGGAGGGAGCAGAAAGUACCACCAGCACGGAAGUGGACCCCACCACUGCAGCAACAAGCACUGUCACCACCACCACCACCACCCAGGGCAGGGCCAUCACUACUGUCACUCAGUCCACACCCGCUCCCGGACCCUCUGUACCCUCGAUCUCAUCCAUCUCAGCCGGCUCCCCAGAGGAGCCCAUGCAGACGGAUGAGACCGCAUCAGCAGAAGCUGCACCUGCUGGAGAAGGAGCGUCUGCUAUGGAGACACAAGCCGAGGGUGAAGCAGCCGCAGCUACAGCCUUGAAUCUGCCCUCGGAGCUGAUGGCCGAGGCUCAGGGCGCCACACUGAUGGUGACGGGGCUGUCGGACGAGGAGCUGGCUGUGACUGCAGCAGCAGAGGCCGCUGCUCAGGCAGCUGCGACUGAAGAAGCCCAGGCGCUCGCCAUCCAGGCCGUCCUCCAGGCAGCACAGCAAGCCGUAAUGAAUGAGGCCUCUGGAGAGAGCCAGCAGCCCACCACCAUCCCCAUCAUGUUGACCCAGCAGGAGCUGGCGGCGCUGGUCCAGCAGCAGCAGCAGCUGCAGCUGCAGGAGGCUCAAGCCGUGGCGCAGCAGGCCAGCGCGGAGGCCAACCUGCCCACUGAGGGCCUGGCCCCCGCAGACAGCCUCAACGACCCCUCCGUCGAGAGCAACGGACACAAUGAGAUGGCAGCCGCAGUCACCAGCGCUGUGGCCUCACUGCUGCCACGCACCACUGCUGAGACACUCGCUCCUUCGAGCACAUUUGCUCCAUCUGUAUCGGUGGCAAGUCCAGCCAAGCUGCAAGCAGCAGCCGCCCUGGCAGAUGUGGCCAAUGGGAUCGAGGGAUCGAAACAAGCCCCACAGCCAACCCCGGUGAAGGCUGUUGUAAAGAAAGACAACCAGUGGUUCGAUGUUGGAAUCGUUAAAGUGACAAAUAUGGUCGUGACCCACUUCUAUAUGCCAGGAGAUGAGUCUCAGGGAGAUGAUGACUCUGGCAACAUGCCAGACUACAGCCAAAUGAAGAAAAUGGAGCUGCAGCCUGGCACAGCUUACAAGUUUCGUGUUGCUGGAAUCAACGCUUGUGGCCGUGGAUCUUUCUCAGAGAUAUCCGCUUUCAAGACCUGCCUACCAGGCUUCCCAGGGGCUCCUUGCGCCAUCAAAAUCAGCAAGAGCCCCGAUGGUGCCCACCUGACCUGGGAGCCGCCCUCUGUGACGUCGGGGAAGAUCAUCGAGUACUCUGUGUACCUGGCCAUCCAGAGCAACCAGACAGCCGAAGCCAAGGCCUCCACCCCAGCGCAGCUAGCCUUCAUGCGCGUGUACUGCGGGCCCAACCCCUCCUGCUUGGUGCAGUCGUCCAGCCUCUCCAACGCCCACAUCGACUACACCACCAAGCCCGCUAUCAUCUUCCGCAUCGCCGCCCGUAACGAGAAGGGCUACGGCCCCGCCACCCAAGUCCGAUGGCUGCAAGAAUCCGGCAAAGACGCCGCCUCUGCAAAACCGGCCCCAAAAAGACCAGGCACCUCUCCUGAUACUAAGGCUGCCGGUCCAAAGAAAGCGAGGACGGACCAGUGAGGUCACCCGGAGACCCCUCCCAGUCUUUUGUCCUUUUUUCCACUCGCUGUCCUUUUUAUCAGGAAGACUGACCUUCACCCCUCCUCCACCUCCUCCUCCACCACCACCACCUCAUUCUCCAUCCUAAUCUCAUCCUCCACCCUUCAAGUCUCAGACCAAGACAGCAAUGGAGGCAGAACAACCGUAUGAAGCCGAGAUGAAAGUCAAUCUGAGAGAUGUUUCUGUAGAUAAAACCCUCCUUCCUCCUCCUUCUGUUGGUUGUACUAUUUUUAGAGCAACACAAACUUAGAAGCACAUUAUCUUUUUUCUGUCACAUCCCCUUCCAUCGUUUAACAUCUACUUUUGGCUUGUUUCAGUAGUUGAGCAGUAUAGAGAAGCAUUUACACCUUUCACAAACUGGGAGCCAGCCUGAGCGCAAUGUUACCUUUUUUUUUUUUUGUCUUUGUUUUGUGAAUCCAAGAGGGGAUGUAGAGAGAGACUACACAAAAUGAUGUACAGUGUUGAGGGAAAAAAAAAAAAGGCUGUGGAGGCAUUAGUUCAGAUGAGAGGAAAAAUCGGUAUGGAUACAAAUAAAGCACUUGUCCUCAGCGACAGAGGACAUAAUUUUUCUCCUUUCUUUUUUUGCUGAAAACAAAAAUUUGCUUCAUCGAGAACCAAGUCUGUAUUCGCCGUACUGGACUCCAGUCUCCUGGUAAUGUCAUCACUGUGCGCUUUUUACCCGACGUGAGGACUGGUGGCCGACACUUCUUCGACGUGGACAAGAAGAGAUUUGUAGAGAAUGAAUGACAGACAUUGCUAUAGGACUGAGACUUGCAGCACACACACACACACACACACACACACAAAUCUUCCCAAAAAAUUAGCAAGCAGCAAUGACGCAGAAGAUCUUGUGUAGUUUAUUUUUGUAUUUUUUAAGCUUUUUUUUUUGUUUCUUUCCUCCUGUGUGUAUGUUUGUCUCGUGUGCAUUUUAAAAAGAAAAAAACAUCACUUUUUUUAAUUGUUGUUCAUCCCCAUAAUUUGUGUUUGUGGGAAGAUCGGUGGCUGUGUUGAGGUUGCCACUAUAUUUUUAAAAGAAAUCUUCAUUCAGCCGGUUGUAUGUUCUUGUUGACAGAAGGUAAAUGAACGAGAGAGAGAGACUUUUGUAUUUGUUCCAAGUAGAAGCCACCGAGGUUGAAGGACUGAAGGGCACUCUGACCCAGGAGAGUUUUUACUUUGUUUACUACUCAAUGCUUGUGUUGCUUUGUUUGCCAAACAUGGAAUCUCACGAAGUAUGAGGACAAAACAUCAGAUCUUUCCCCCCUCCCCCCCCUUAAUAACCUAAACAAUUGUCCCCCCGCUUUUUUUAUCCUUUUUUUCUUUUUUAGAAUGGCAAAUUAUAUUAGUAGACAUAUGUUCCCCUUUCCUAUUAAUGUUUGUGAAUCCAUUUAAUAAAUUUUAAUUUUUUUUUUUCCUUU